CGUGAUAGCGUGCCUGGGGCGCCGCGUUCUGACAGGCUUCUACCGGCUCCCCAUUGGUCCCGACCUUUUUGUGGUCCCGGAAGUGAGGGUGCUUCCGUUCUGGCUUUUCUGUCUCCUGCGUGAACGGGGCUGGGGCAGCGAUUCAGUCGAUCUGUCGAUCAGUCAAGCCUGAGGCAAUGGUGUGCAUUCCUUGUAUCGUCAUUCCUGUCCUCCUUUGGGUCUACAAAAAAUUCCUGGAGCCAUAUAUAUAUCAUCUAAUCUCACCUUUUGUUAGUCGUCUGUGGCCUAAAAAGGGUCUAAAAGAAAGCUCUAUUGAGAAAAAAGACAAAGGAGACUAUAAGAUUGCAGAAAUAAAUGGAAUCUCUACACCAGAACCAACAGAAAGCUGCAACAAAAAGAUAGAUUAAAACUAUUUGUACAAAGGAUGUCUUUGCUUUAAAAAUGGAACUGAUGAUAUGGAGCAACUACUCUGAUAUUGUCUUUCACACUUUUCUCUGAGACCAGAUAUGGGGUAGAUAUUUUAGAGAUCUCCCUACUAUACAUAGUAUUUCUAUUUAAAUGUUUAAAUUAUAUUUAAUUACCUCAUUCCUGUUCUUUUUCUGUACUGAAAUAGUUUUCAUCUCUAUUAUUGCAAAUAACCUAAAGUUUCUAUUUUAGGUUAACAUGUUUUAACAAUACAAAUAAAUAGAAAUUCACUUUAAUAAUACUUUGCAUUUCUCUUUCAGUAUUUAUAAAUCCUCAUACCCCUAGCAUUCAUGUGAAUUUAACCACAAUCCUAUUCUGCCACUUAAUUUAGCUUCAAUAGGAUUCUCUUGAAAUAUAGUUUGAAGUAAUUUCAGGUCAUAAAAGGUUUUAUUAUGAAAGUGCAUCUGAGGUGCAUGCUAGUUUUUUUUCUGUGAUCUACAAUAACGACAUGAAAAAAUUUGCUAAUGAAGAAUAAAAAAGGAAUUUUUGCCCAGCUUACUUGUGAAGAGAGUAGUGAAAAAUAUAAUAUUUGAUUUAUCUUUUUCCUACUCUGAAAGGAAAGAGAAAAUGUAGAUGAAUGUGAUACUGAAGGGAGACGUUUCUUAUAUUCAAAUGGAUCUGUGAUCUCAUUGAUAUGGACAUACUUGCAGUGAUACAGAUUGCAAUUCAUUCAUGCCUCCCUAUCCUAUGAUUCUUUUUCAAGUAAGUGCCCUGAGGGCAGUCCAUCUAGUGUGUUAGGGGCCUUUCUCACUUUCAACUUGACAUCAUGAAGAAUUAGCAGAGCACACAGUCAGUUUGCUUACCACUGUCACCAUACAGCUAGCCCAUCUUCUUUGAUCAUAGCACUUCCUGAUGACAUGCUUUAUACCAAUUCUUCAGAGUUAUUUGUCAUUGUGUUUCAACCUCCUCACAUCCACCAUGUACUUUUCCAUUGCUGUCUGAGUUAUAAACAUUUUUAAUUUUUCAGAGACUCUAGUGUUCCAUGACUCAGUACAAAACCAAUAGAAUAAUGAAGGGCUUUUGAUUCUGGGAGAAGUUUGAGGACAUUAAGGAAACUGCAAUUUCCCAGAGGCAAUCAAGACAUCUCUCAAUUCUGGGCUUUACUUAUCUGUAGCACUUGUCCGUGUGUGUGUGUGUGUGUGUGUGUGUGUGUGUGUGUGUGUGUGUGUGUGUGUGUGUGUGUAACACACUCAAAAAUAGACAAGCACCACAAAUUUUCCAUUUGACUAAAUGUCAUAAUCUGGACAGUAGACAUUCUUCAUCUACUUGGGUUUUCCCAUGUGGAAGAUUAUGGCCAAACACUUUUGAAUGAUUAUAAAUCUCUUACAGGAAAUGCUAAAAUGCAGAAACAUCUUUGUAUAAACAUCCAGUAUGAAUUGUAAAAUUCUGCUUCUGUCUCAUGAUUACAUUUCCCAAAAAUUUAAUAAACAUUCUCAU